AUGAGUGCACGCCAGUUAGCUGGCUCGAGUGAACUGUCGGAUCAGGCCGUUUUGUCAAAACUGCUGAAGAGAAAGGUAAGAUCCACUUCAAGUAUUUCAUCGAAAGACGGGACAAAUGAGAAAAAGAGAGCGAGUUCAAACAAUUCUGUGAUAAAAACAACAUCAAAAAAUCCUAACCAAAAGCAAACAUAUGUUAAUUCACAUAACCUCCCUAACUCCACGAAUACUGAAAUGAAUACUUUAAUUAUUGAAAAUAAUAACUCUGCGACCCAUAUCAUUGAAUCUAUACUAGAACAUGAUGCUAACAACACUGGAGUACCAGAAAAUGUUGUUCAGAGUUCAAAUGCAACAAAUACACCAUCAACAAUAAAUAGUAUCCCUAACGUUCCGGUCAGUAAUAGGUUUGAACCUCUUUCUACGGAAAUGGAAGACGAACCUGACGAAACAAUAGUUACUCAUCAACCACCUCCAAUUAAAAUAAAAGGCAUAACAAACUUCCAAACUCUCUGCACGAAUUUAGUAAGCCUUUUAGGAGAAAAUAAUUUUGAAUAGGCGGAACACGACCGACUUACUUACACCGUCCCUAUCUCGCAAAAACUACACAACACGACUUACGCACAGGCAACGUGUACUAAAACUACAUAUCACAACACAACACCACAAUUCACAACUGCUCAAACAACGAGUGUAACUCCUCACUACGCAAUCUCUCACAAUAUAGCUCCUCAUCAUACAACUCAAAUUACAAAUCCCAAAACUUCAAAUGAAUCUUCUCGUUAUGUAAUCCCUCACAAUAUCAUUCCUCAUCAUGUAGCUCCUCAAAUUACAAAUCCCCAAACUUCAAAUAUAUCUCCUCACAAUACCAUUCCUCAUCAUACGACUCCUCAAAUUACAGAUCCUCGAACUCCAAAUAUAUCUCCUCAAUACACUACUUCUCAUACUACAAGUAUAACUCCUCAGCACUCAAUAAACCAAACGAGUAUAAUCCCUGACCGUUCAGUACCUCAUUAUACCCAAUCUCAAUACAUACCGAUGAAUGGACCAGUUGCCUCACGAUCAUUCAGCGCCGCCAUUACCGGAUCUCAUUACCACUACGCAUUUGCAUUUCACUGGUUCGGUCCUAUAGUCCUCAAGCGGGAUGAGCAUCUUCUCAUCGCGGCUAACAGAUGUAACAUUAUGGCCGCAAGAUUUGUGUCUCGCAUAAAAAACGAAAACCGCCAUUCCAAACCUACCCCAAACCUCCGGCCGCCUCCUGGUCGGUCCCGUUAUCUUCUCUUCCGCCUCCUUGGAGAUCGUCCCUCUCCGCCACUUUUAUCUCUAAAAAAACAACAAGGAGUGCGGUCUCCAAAGGAGGGCGGACAUGUUCUUGGGGGACAUGGCAUCAUAACCACUCUCAUUCUGGGCUCCUGGUCUUAUGCAUUUUGGCAAGACCAUUAA